AUGGCCGACAUACAAGACUGGGUUUCCCCCACCGGGUCCCCAACCCACUACCAGCGUCCAUUCGACCAUCUCGAAAAGUAUGAAUACUACAUGGCAACAAUGAAUCCCACGAUCUCCCAACGAGCCGUCGUAGUCGGCGUAACCCUCUCUUCUUCGUCUCCUUUCUCGUCUCUAUCUCUAAAAGCCGCCUGGCGGUCUCUCCGUUACGCCCACCCAAUUCUAGGAUGUAAAAUCAUCCCCACUGGAUUUGAUUUCCAUGUAAAAUCAUCAGCUGAAAUCGAUGAAUGGGUCGAUUCAACCGUAAAGAUCAUUCACCCACAAGAAUCAAAAGAAGGAGAAGAAGAAGGGAAACAGGGACAAGAAUCCCAAAAAUCAAUAAAACUCCUCUCAUCAAACCCUCCCCACCCCGAAACUGCAGAACUCUACUACUCCCCUUCCACAAACGAACUAUUCAUCCAAAUUCGUCACGAAAUAAUAGACGGCGUAGGAUCCCUCAUGCUCCUAAACAACUUCCUUACCUCCCUCUUCUCCCCUCCUACCCAAUCUUCAACCCUAACAGACAGUCCGUCCCUCCUAAGCCCGUCUACGUUCAAAAUAACCGGAACCCAACCCGCAAGCCCCGAAAUUGUGCAAAAGAACGCCUCACUCGUCCAAGCCUACUUCGCCUCCCCUCCCAUUUCCCUCUCUUCAAACCCUUCCCCAACCCUUCCUUACGAAUCCCAUCGUUACGAUUACACUUUCACCAGUUCACAAUCUUCACUACUCCUCAAAACCUGCAAAUCCCAUGAAAUAACAAUAACCCACGCCGUAACCGCCUCAACCGCCUUUUCGAUUCUAAAACUCACAAAUCAAACUAGUGGUGUAUUCUCCACAACCCUUCCGAUAAGUCUUCGUGAUACCCUCCCAGCUCCGUAUAACACCCCGGUUUAUGCGGCGUUGUUUUGUAUUACAACCCCAUUACCGGUUAUGCCAAUCACGCCGGAGACUACUUUGAUAUCUCUUGCAAAGGAUGUUAAGAGAGAGUUCGACGAUUGGAAGAAUGAUAAAGAUAACAUUCGGUAUCAUGAACCACAAUUAAAAAUGCUUGAAGAAGCGGUAAAAGCUGGGUUGAGUCCUAGUAAUUCUGCGGGGAAGGCGACGGUGGUGGUAUCUAGUUUGGGAAUUGUGGAGAAGUACUUGACUGUGGCUAAUAACCACUUGGAGGGUGAUAGUAGUGCUCAAGAAGGAGGGGAGAGCGGGGGGAGAGUUAAAGAUUUUUGGAUGGGACAGGUACAAGGGAAUACGAAGAUUAUUGUGUUUUUGUAUACCUUUGCGGGGAAGAUUCGGUUGGCAGCUUGUUAUAACAGGAGGUUUCAUGAGGAUAAGGAUGUUCAAGAGCUUAUACGGGUGAUUGUGGAGACACUAUAUGAGGGAUUGGGGAUUGAUGGGAAUACUUUGUAG